ACUCAAGGACGUUCGCGCGAAAAAAUUCAAGAAUUUUUCGAGGCACCGAGGACCGCUGGAUCCUCGCGAUCGGGAUCUAUUCCCGAUAGAAACGCGGGCGCCCGUCAAUCGAUCUCCCCACUGCAGAGAAAAAUUUCUCCCGCGCUGCUUGGGUGGCGACCAAUUGUGUUCAGGAGUCGCGACGACGUACUUCUGUGUGCAGCGAUGUGCGGUACGCAUCGGGGUGUCACGAAAGAGUGACUUCCUCGUCGGGACGGGAGGAGAUUUGUCGAGAAAAAUAAAUAGGAUACGCGAAGGAGUCGCUGAGAGCAGGAAUAAACUCGAGAAAAAAAUUUAGUUUGAUAGAACUCUUUUUGAUUAAAAAAAGGUUUUAAAGUAGGCACCAGGUUAAGAAGGAAGGAAGAACAGAAAUAUUGUAUGUAUUUUAACAAACAAUGACCUUUUGCGCAACAGAUAUCUUAAAUGGGAAAUAAAAUUGAUGAUUUUGGAAAUAUGAGGCUAUCAGGUAUGCAAGAGAGAGAUAGAAAUUAUGUAAAAAAACUGCCUCAAAACCAAGUCUCCAAUGACGAGAUGACAAUGAACGAUACUACAAAUGAUAAAUAUUCAGAAGAUAACACUUUAACAAGAGAAGAGGGUUCCAUGGUAUCCAAUCUUCCUCUUUUAUUUGCCAAUGGAUAUCCUACAUCUUUGGAGAAUAUCCUGCAGGUACAACUGGAACGCUUUAUAUUGUUUAUGGUUCACUGUUCAUUAGGCCAUGAUACCACUAAGGUCAUUAAUAGACCUACGUGGUGGCCUCAGGAUAUUAAGUUUUCAAGUCCGUUAACAAGACCUAAAAAGAUAAAUGAUACCUGGAUGGCGAAUCUGAAGAAAUUGGUUUUUCGAUGUUACACAUAUCACAGAAGCGACUAUUUGUUACGUUUUUGCUCCUAUUUAGCGCAAUAUCCUCAUGAGGAAUUAGAAUAUGUUAAUAAUUGGGAUUCGACAACUAGUCUAUAUCACAAAAGUACAGGAAAGCUACUAGUGACCUUUCGCAAUGAAAAUAUGUAUUAUGACAAAAAAAACGAUAGUCCUCGAAGAACAUUGUUAUCUCAUAAUGCGUCUUCGUCGGGCUACGGAAACAAGACUAAACAACAAGUCCCCAUGAUGGUUCAACCACCAUGUGAUGAUAUUUAUUUGUGCGACAAUUGUGAUGCUGAAUUCAUCGGUCUUGCGAAAAUGAAGGAACAUGAAAAAUGUUGCGAACAAGGUGGCAGUGGUUCGCGCGCAUCCACACCAGAUCUAUCUAUAGUCGAGCCUGAAUUGCAACAGGAUCAAUUUUUGGAAUAUUUCCAAUUAUCUUCAAAUAAGACUGAAGCUAAAUCGGCUUGUGCAAAUGAUACGAGUGUUCCUGAUAAUAGUAUUGUUAGACGAACUUCUCGGCGUGUUAGGAGUUCCUUUAGCUUCGCAAGAUACGCCACCAUCCCAUUCUCAUCGCCUGCCGGCAUAAUGCACGAAAAAUCGAAAGCGAUGACCGAGGAUACGCAACAGGAACGAUUGGAUAGAAUCGAGAGGCACGUCAUCGCGCCUGUACUGAACGAUUCGUGCAGACCAAAAUGGUUAGACACAACAGUGGAUUGUGAUAGAUGGAUAGUGACGUACAAACAAAAUCGGGAUAAAUCGGCAAACGAUUAUGUGCAUCAAUAUAAAUUUGUGAAUACUUUUAAAAACAAGCCAAUGCUGAGCAUACGAUCACAACUGCUGUAUGCCACAUGUCGACCUAUUUAUGUAGUUCUUACUCGUCUGAGUGAAAAACAAAUCGAUGCUAAAAAGGAUUCCUCAAAGUAUCAAUGUCCUCAGAAGAACAUUAAUGUGCGAAAAGUUUUCUUAAUGAGAAGAGUGGGACCAGCUUGCAAGACAAAACCGAAGAAGGCAAGUUGCGAACAAAAUGCGUUUAUGUCAUUGAAACGUAAAGCGUUGGGAAAUGAAUUGGAUCCGAUUGUUGUGGAAGAUAAGGAUGCUGGUAUUAGUGUGACAGCAGCUAAAGAGACUCUAAUCGCGUUUACUGCCGUGAAAUCACCUUCCGAUAAUGUGGAGAGUGCAAAAUCAAUCAAGGAAAGAAAAUGUCCAAGUACAAUAAUGUUGGUUGACCUCUGUUCAUCGGAUGAGGAAGAGAUUGAUCCAAGUAAUCGGGCACCUCGCGACGAAAACACAGAUCCCUUGACCACUGCGGACUCCCCAAUCGCAAAGUCUCUCCUGCGUAAAUUGACAUCGAAACAGACUUUACGUGAAACCUUGCAUUUACCACGUACCCUUGUCAAUAGAUUGGUUAUCGAGCAACGUAUGGAGCAAAGAUAAGAAUGAAAAUGAACAUCAUCCGUUAAUAAACGGAUGCACUUUUUUUUCUUCGAUUAUAGCACUUUAAAUAAAUCCAUAUACAAUAAUAA